AUGCCUGAGGAGAAAGUGUUCCAGCAGCAGGCGGUCCACAGCCCCCAUGAGCCGCAGCAGAAGUCCAAACCCAAAGCAGGGCCCAUCCCCUGCCAGAACUGUGGCAAGCCCUGCAAAGGAGAGGCCCUGCGCGUCCAGAACAAGCACUUCCACAUCAAGUGCUUCGUCUGCAAAGUGUGUGGCUGCGAGCUGGCCCAGGGAGGCUUCUUUGUGAGGCAGGGCGACUACAUCUGCACCCUGGAUUACCAGCGCAUGUACGGCACCCGCUGCUUCAGCUGCCAGGACUUCAUCGAGGGGGAGGUGGUGUCUGCGCUGGGGAAGACCUACCACCCACGCUGCUUUGUCUGCGCCUCCUGCAAACAGCCGUUCCCAGCAGGAGACCGAGUGACAUUCAAUGGAAAAGAGUGUAUCUGCCAGAAGUGCACUCAGCCUCUGCCCGCAAACAGCCCUGCACCCAUCCAGGCCGUGCACAACUGCUGCGGAUGUGGGAAGGAGUUUAAGAACGAGCAGUCUCUGGUGGCGCUGGACAGACACUGGCACUUGGGCUGUUUCAAGUGCAAAGUCUGCAACAAGGUGCUCAACGCAGAGUACAUCAGCAAGGAUGGGAUUCCGUUCUGUGAGAUGGACUACCACGCCAUGUUCGGGAUCCAGUGUGAGAACUGCAAAAAGUACAUCACUGGAAAAGUCCUGGAGGCUGGAGAGAAGCACUACCACCCUACCUGCGCCCGCUGUGCCCGCUGUGAGCUCAUGUUUGCAGAGGGAGAGGAGAUGUACCUGCAAGGAAACUCAAUCUGGCACCCUCCGUGUAGACAAGCAGCAAAACAGGAAGAGAAGAGCAAGAAACAGGUUCGGAUUCAGCUCAAUGACCUCCGCGAUGAGGAGGUCACUAGGACUUCCUCCGAGAGCAUCACCUCAGUCCCGGCCUCCAGCGCCUCUGGUUCUCCCAACAGAGUCAUCUAUGCUAAAAUGGGAGAGGAGAUGCUGGACUACAAAGAUCUGGCUGCUCUUCCCAAGACCAAGGCCAUUUACAACAUCGACCGCCCAGACAUGCUGUCGUACUCUCCCUACGUGAGCUACCCGUCUGAGGAGAGGCACUAUGGAGAGUCCCCCCAGCUGCUCUCCCCCACUCCUCCUGAGGUUGACGGUGAGAAGUCUCCCAGACAGAGACGAGCCUCCAGCCCCAGCUCCAACAGUUCUCUGGGAGGUUACGGUCGCUACACUCCGUCUCGCUCUCCGCAAAACUACAGCCGUCCAGCUUUCGGAGCAGACACGGUCCUCACUGGUCGGUACAGCAGCCUUCCCCGGGACACAAACUCUCUCCUCUUGCCUCCCAUCGUCCCGGGAGGCCUUAAGUACUGCUCCCUGCCCCUGGACCACAGCGCAGGGGCAGAGGGCAGCGGAGGAAGAGGUGGAGGAGGAGGAGGAGGAGGAGGAGGAGGUGGAGGGAGUGGAAAGUGCUCUCCCAUACCACCAGGGGGCACUGCCUUACACCUAAACCCCACCACCCUGGCCCUCCUGCAGCAGCACAACUACAUCCCGUAUUUCAGAGGCAGUGAAAGUGGCAGAAGUACCCCGAGUUUAUCCACGUAUUCAGAUGGAAAGUCCCCGUCCUCGGCCUCGACGUACGUGGCCGCUCCUCGCCAUUUCCACAUCCCAGAGACUAUGGUCAAAGAUAAUAUCUAUAGAAAACCCCCCAUCUACAGACAGCAUGCCUCUAGAACCUCCUGGCAGGAUGGGGAGGAUGGCAAGAGGACCAGCUGGAGCAUCCUGAAGAGCGAGAUGGACGGACACAUGGAGGACCUGGACCCCAGCAAGUCCACGUGUAGUCUGCCCACGGACACCUCCCAGCCCAAUUUCCCGUACAACAAGUCAGCGUCUUUACCCGGAUAUGGACGAAACGGGAUCUACAAGGCGGCUGACAUGGUGGAGGACGAGGCGGACUCCCACAGCUGGGGAGGCAUGAGAGAUCUAUCCAUAUGA